GUAUAUCCGAUCCGCCAUUAGGAACCCGCUACUCUCUCUGCGUCACUACUUCGAUUGACGCCUCUCUCACACACUCUGAUCGAAUCGUGGGCGAUCGACUCGCUCUAACGCGGGGAUGGUGGCCCCAAACGCGAACGCCGGCGGUGACAGCGGAGAGGGAUCAACAGAGAGUGUCGACGACCGGCGGUUCCUCCGCUGCGUGAACUGCGGCUCGGGGAUGCGCUCGCUCUUCGUUCAGUACUCUCCCGGCAACAUCCGUUUGAUGAAAUGCGAGCACUGCAAGGCGGUCGCUGACCCCUACAUCGAGUGCGAGUUCAUGAUAAUUCUGAUUGAUAUGAUCCUGCACAAGAGGAAAGCUUACCGACAUUUGCUAUUUAACAUGCUGAACUUAGGUGCUGGCGACUCAAAGGGGAUACUCUGGAAGUCAAGCUUACUUUAUUUUCUUUUAGAUGCAUGCAGGUUUUCUCUCUUGAAGAACAGUAAAGCUUGUCUGGAUUCAUCCAGGAGCCUUUUGUUGUCAUUUUUGACAUGUGGAAAGGUGAUGUUGGAUGUUCUAUUGGGAAAUUUGAUAUUCAUAUCUGUUGUUCUUCUGGGAAUUAGAUUUCUGCUCAAUUUGUCAUUUGAUGUUAGCAGAUACAGACAAAUUCUUCUGGCAAUUCUUGUUUCAAGCUACUUCAAGUUAUUUUUAGUAGCAAUGAUGGUCUGGGAGUUCCCAUCUUCUGUUCUUCUUGUCAUUGACAUACUUGUUAUAUCAUCAAAUGCACUGGCUUUAGGAGUGGUAACAGAGUUGCAGACUGCUGGGUGCCUUGGAGUGUGCUUUGGUGCACAAGCAGCCAAGUUCUUUAGUGAUCGUUGGUUGUUACAUCUAUUAUCUGGUUAGAGGCCACAUGACAAGGUUCUUGGAGCAUGAGAUGGGGAUGGCAAAGCUUAUGUAUUCUUGCUUGGUGUAUGAAUGCACUGGUCUUCUACCUUGACAUGGUGAUAAACUCUUAGCCAAAUCAUUUUCUGAUACUGCAGUUUCUUUGAUAUGUGAAGUCGAUGAGAACAGAUGUGUGGUUUGCCAUGAAUGAAACAUCAAGCUGUCAUGCAAUUUA